AUGGGCUGGUUCCCAACGAAACUAGACUCGGAAGAGUCCAAAUGGCAUUUUGACAUUCUUAUUCUUCUCGCUGUCAUUGGCAGCUCCGCCACGCAAAAGCAUAUGCCCGCCAUCACAGCCUCAGGCUUCGGUCUUUUUCCUCGUCUUUUGCCAGCACCCGAAACCCUUCUAGAUACUAGUCGACUGUAUCGUCUACCUUCAACUCAAAAUGUCGACGUCGUUGGCGUACAUUCUGGGACCGUUCUUACGGAACUAAACUACUUCGCCAAUCUACUACACAAGAUAGAAGACAUCAAACCUUUCGAGUUCCGAUCCUACGAAAUUGAUUACAACUACGAUGACGAGGAAAAGGCAGAACCAAGCAAACUCCGCAUCAAAACUAAAUCCUUCCUUAACGUAAUUACCAUUUUGUCUAUUUUCAUGUCGGUGGGCCUCUUAGUCUUCGCCGGUGUAAUCCAUGACGGUGUAGCGCUGGUCGGGGUCGGCACCAUGGCCCUGUCCACUAGUGCGGCCAGCCUUUCCGCAUGGUGGUCUCCAGAGCUACCAGAGCCACCGAAACGGAGCGUGGGGACGAAUCUGCCCCCUGCAGACGUUGUGAUUCGCACUCGUGGAGGAGGGUUCAUUGUGGUACGGGCCAAUGAGAAAGUGGUCCGCGAACUGUACACGGGCAUGGAUUCCUGCAAGUAUAAUCUCCCGGACAAAGCGCGGCAGGCCUUCUUGGCUAUGAGCACACUUCUCUUGAUGACCUCGGUGAUUAUGUUCAGCAAUAGCACCGAGAAGAUGCAGAUCGCCGUGGGUGCUGCGUACUUUAUCUUGAACAUCCUGUACUGGGGGUUAGCAUUGUUGGUUGAACCCAGUGAUGUCUGGGAUACGAGCCGAUAUAAGAGGAAGACCCCAGAGCCUACCUUUGCUAAAACUUAUACGCAAGUGUUAUGGUUGGCCGUUUUGGAGACUAAGUCGAUUGACUGGGUGAGAAGGGCAAAUAUUGCCCCGAAAACAGAAGCUUGGGACAAAUGGCUACAGGAAGCAUGCGAAAACGCUUUGAAAGAAAAUGAGGACUGGCCGGCAGAGCAAAGGAAAGAUGAAAUAAUUGCGGAGUAUCUUCUGAAACUGCAGAACCAGAAUGGCGUUCUUCCCCAGGAUUGA